AUGAACCCGGCUCCGGCUGUUAGCUUGUCACCAGCACUUCCCCACUCGCACACUCGCCGACUCUCCCGUUCGCUGGUAUACAUACCUCCUCAUCACCUCUCUGAGCAGGAAGGACUGACCAGCUCGGAAAGCGCGACUGACACAAGCUGGGAAAGCGCAACGGAGGAAAGUGCGAGCAACAGACCGACCACCUUGGACGAGUCGCGACUUCUACCUGUCCUCCGGGGUACCCACUACCCACCUCCGAGGUACAUGCAUACCCAGGUGCCUGCCAGGAUGGACCAUGAUCUGACCCUGGACGACGAGUUCGACGCUCUCAGAAUCAACGUCAGGGACGUGACCAAGUAUCCCGCUAAACAGCACGCUCGCAAGGUCGUGAAGCAACUUGGCGUCCGGGACGGCCUCAUCUACCUCCCCGGGCAACCCGAACGCCUGCUCGAGGAUUCGGAUCAGCCGCAGCUCUUUCGGCAGCGACGAUACUUCUUUUACCUGUCCGGCGCCAACUUUGAAGACUGCGUCGUCACAUAUGAGAUCGCACCCGACAAACUGACGCUUUGGAUUCCAUACGUUGAGCCCCGGCAGAUUCUAUGGUUCGGAUCUAAGCCCAGCGCCUGCGAGUGCCUGCGCCGCUACGAUGUCGACCAAGUGAGAUACACGACGCAGCUCAGCAAGUUCCUCAAGGCUUAUGCCGCUUCGCCAAAGUCAUCGCCUACCGUCUACAUCCUGCAUCCAGAUCAAGCCCCAGACCUUGGCAAUGGAGGUGACAUGACCAAGUCACACAUGCUGCACCUUGACCAUGCCCUUCUCAAACCAGCCAUGGACCGCUCCCGCCUCAUCAAGACGGACCACGAAGUCGCCCUGAUACGCCGCGCCAACGACAUCUCCAGCGCCGCUCAUCGCAGAGUCGCCGAGAACAUGUUGCGCCUCUCCAACGAGCGUCAGAUUGAGGCCAUCAUCCAAGCCGUGUGCAUCGCCAACGGCGCCCGCUCCCAGGCGUAUCCUAUCAUAGCGGGAUCUGGACGGAACGCAUCCACGCUCCACUACACCGCCAACAAUGCCCCCCUCGAGGGGAAGCAGUCCGUCGUCAUUGACGCAGGUUGCGAAUGGGAAUGCUACGCCAGCGACAUCACCCGCACACUACCGCUUUCGGGAUCCUUCACUCCCAGAGCCGGCGCCAUUCAUGCCAUUGUGCAACGCAUGCAAGACGAGUGCAUCCGUGAGGUCCGGCCCGGCAAAUUGUGGCGCGAGAUCCAUCUGCUCGCUGCAUCCAUUGGCCUGGACGGCUUGCUCAACUUGGGCAUUCUCAAGGGCCAUCGUGACGAAAUUGCUCGCGCUGGCACUGUCGCUGCUUUCUUCCCGCACGGCCUAGGCCACCACGUCGGUCUUGACGUGCAUGACGUAUCCAGCACUUUACCUCUUGCCGUAGCACAAGCUGGUCUUCAGCUCGACUACGGGAAGCGGACCAUGGUCACUCCAGCCAUGUAUGUCGAGAUGAUGCAAGAGCAAAGUCAAGGUGUUUUACUUGGGCCACAAGAGAGAAAAAGACAGCAUCUCGAGACUAAUAUGGUUGUCACUGUUGAACCUGGAAUCUACUUUUGCCGUGAGUACCUGGAGGGCUACUUCCGCAUGGACCCAACUCACUGUCGCUUCAUCGACUGGGACAUUCUCGAGGGCUACUACGAAGUAGGCGGCGUACGCAUCGAGGACUGCAUUCUUGUCACUGAGGACGGCCAUGAGAACUUGACGGCGGCCCCCAAAGGUGACGAGCUGUUGGACGUCAUCAACAAAGGCCGGAGGUGA